AUGGCUACCCCUGCCGUACAGCCUCCACUUGCUGAACGAAUUGACAUUCACAAAUCGUGCAAAUCCUUCGAAACAUUACUCAGUGUCUUCAAUGAUUACUGUGAAGCUGCGAGCGCUGUAGUGACUUUACAAAAGAAGAUGGCCAAGGCAUUGAGGGAAACAGCGGGUAUGAAAGUAACAGGAGAGAUCGCAGCCAAUGCUCUGAAUACUUCUGCUACCAUCUUUGAAGCUCUCUCUGAAGUCGAUAGUAAGUUUGCAAAAUUAGCCGACAAGGAAUAUGACGGGGUGAGCGGUGAUGUGAAGAAAUGGUUCCGGAAGUUGGCGAAAGAAGAGAAGGCCCAUGAUGAACGCAUAGCAAUCGCGAAUGCAAAGAUCAAACAAGCUGGUCUCAUGUAUGAAAAGAAAUCAAAGAAGAGUGCUCGAGAUGCUAGCGAAGAACACGCUCGCUAUAUCAACCUAAUAUCUGCUAUGGGGCCUGAAAUUUCUCAGGAGAAAUACAAUCACUGCUUACAAGUAACUGAGAGGCAUACAGCUACGACCUUUAACGUUGCUGCAAGUGUGUCUAGACUAGCCGACGCUGAAUGGCUACGGUCUUGCGAAAGCGUUCGACGUUUCGCACCUUCUGUCGGCAAAUUGAUUGAAUGGCGUACAUACUGCGAAGGCGGUUGGACCGGCCCUAUUCCAACAGACUUGAGGGAUGUCGACGUUCUUCGACCUCCCUCGCCAGCUGAUCAGACGCCAAGGGGAUCCGACUACGAAGACGACAUCGAGCACCGUGCCAUUUCAACACCAACUAGGAAAGCAGAAAUAAUGACCCCGAACGAUAUGGCAGCCAUAGCUCAAGUCGCCAAGUUCCCUCCACCAAGUCUCACAUCAAACGACCCCCAAACCCAAACCCAACCUCAACCCCAACCCCUCCCAUCUCCAGCACUGACCCAGGCCGGAUCACAGUAUCAGAGCAAGCAGGACCAGACUAAUCAGCAAUCCGCACCCCCGUCUUCGUUCGAACCUCCGCGAAAGUUCACAGACAGUGACAACACUGGUUCUGUUCGAUCAUUAUCCCAAUUCCCAGCGCCUCCUACACAUUUCCCACUACCUCCCCCUUUGACCCAGCGCCGAUCAACCGGGUCUUCUUCUCCCGUCACCAGUUUCCCUUCACUCAAUGCGAACCGGUUCGAACGCCAGUCUCCUGGGUCUGAAGAUGUGCUGGAUAACACUACGACUGAUUCUUCAAGUAAUCCGUUGAAAUUGGUGUCUUUUGAGAGGCCGGCUUUGAAUGAGACUAUCGUCCAGUCAAAACAAGCACAGUCCCCACAACAGUCCCAGCUCGAUGAAGCUACUUCGGAACGUAAAGUCUCGACAAAUUAUACAGCCCGUGAUCAACCUUCCGCUUCACCAACCCAGUCUUCUUCUACGCAUUCCUACUCCUCGAAAUCAGGUCCAGAUUCAAAGGAGGAACGAACUGGUUCCGCAGGUCAGGAAGUUGCAAAAGCAGGUAGCAACGGGAGUAUUGUUGCCACGAUGAGAAAUCGGUACUCCUAUACGCCUGGAAAUACAUCACCGCCUCCAAAGGAUAUUCCUCGCUUACCGUUAAGCGUGAAUGACCUCGCCACCCGUUAUCAAUCUCCUGCUAGUCCUUCCUCACCCCGGCCUCGACCUUUAUCCCCCAACGGAACGCGGACGUCACAUUCUCUCGAUACAUUGCGACAAGGCGAAGUACUCAGAGACCAGUCGUCUCCCUCAUCGCCAACUAACCGCCCUAGCGAAUCAGAAUCUCUCGAAGAUGAACGCCGGCGCCACCAGCAGCGAUUAAAUCAGCUUGCAGAGCUCGAGAUCCAGGACAAAGAAAGGGAACUACGGCUUAGGGAACAAGAGAUUAAGUUGCGCAGUCAAGAGCUUGAGAGAGAGAAAGCGAUGUUGAUUUCCAGAAACGAGGUUGUUUUUACAAGAGAACCUUCUGAUUUGGAAUCAAUAGCCCGUAACCCGCAACCUCCUUUGCGCCUUCGAGAUCGUCAACUAUCCUUUCAGCAGCCCCACACAAAUGCUGCUUCUAGUUCCUUCCCUAGCCGUCCUUUGUCGCAGUAUUCCUCUGCCAGCACUACCAACCUCGUCCCUCCCCGGCCUUCUUCAUACGGUGCCAGCGACGCUGGAAGUGCGUAUACACGUCGGGAUAGUAGUCAAAACAGCUCUACAAGCACGUCAAACCAUGCUCCGUAUUGCGGCUGCGAAAACUGUUCAGCAUCGAAAUAUAAAACGUCUUCACCUCUAGCUUCGCCUGUUCGCCCUGAGAAGGAAAAGCCCAAAGGGUGGAUGCGACGAUUGAGUAUGCCGAUAGUCGGUGGAAAUGCGUUUUUGGAUUCGAAGAAAAACAAAGACAGUGGGUACGGGACGGGGAAGGGGGUGCGCUCUUUGGAUUCCAAGAAGAACGCUAGUACUACUGGAUUGAUAACUAGCAUCACGGAGGAGGGGAGAUUUGGUGCUGUUUCUGGGAGAAGGAGCUACGAUUCUGGCGGCAUCAGCAAUCGUAGCACGACGAAUCUAGGUUUGAACACAAGACAAUAA